AUGGCCAGAGCCCUCGUCGCCCCCUUCAUUUCCCCCGUGCCUUUGCUACACAGCCUAAAUAAAGAAGCCAUCUCCUUCCUCAAACGCCCUCACAAGAUGGUCAAGCUCACCACCAUCUGCUUUGCUGCCGUGGUCGCCCUCACAGGCUUCGCCGAGGCCAAGACCUGCACAAAGGGCGUCAAAUACUGCGGCAUUAACCUUAGGCGCCGAGACUACCUCCCCGAUGAGCUUGUGCGUGCCCUGCGCGCUGGCCGCGUCGCGCCAGACCCUGGCCUCAUCGAUGACUCGCUAUUCCGUUGCUUUGGUGGCAUGAAUAGCAAAAUUGUCUUUGCAGAGCUUUGCCGCGGCGGCUGCGUCGAUGGGGACACCGACGGCACUGACCACUGCCGCUGA